AUGACCCAUCAAGCGGCCUGGAUCAAGGCUCCGGGUGAUCAGCUCGAGAUUGGGCCUAAGCCUACACCCACUCCGGAGGCGCAUGAGCUUCUGAUUCGAGUCAAUCGAAUUGCCCUCAAUCCGAUCGACGCAAAGCUUCAAAAACAUCAGCUGUUUCCAUACCCAUACCCCAACAUUCUUGGAAGGUCGUUCGCUGGUACGGUUGAACGCGUUGGAUCUGAUGUAAAAGGCUUCACAACAGGAGACCGAGUUGCAUGUCUGCGAACGUACAAACAGCUGGAAGAUCACCGCUACGGGGCUUUCCAGCAACUUGCCGUGAGCACCCCUGAUGCCACCGUGAAGCUCGACGAGACAGCCUCGUUGGCAGGGGCGGCAUCAUUGAUACUCAAUGCACCACGGCCAGAGAAGAUACUUGUAUAUGGUGGAUCGAGCUCCGCCGGUGGGCUCGCAAUCCAAUAUGCAGCGCGGGCAGGCUACCAAGUCAUCACCACGUCCUCGCCAGCCAACCGCGCAUUCGUUACAGCUCUAGAGCCUGCGCAAAUCAUCGACCACACAGCUAGUCCAGACGCUGUCUUGGCCGAGCUGCAGUCACACGGGCCGUACGAUACGAUUCUCGACACUAUCGGUCUGCCAGCCGUCACGAUGUUGAUAGUUCGAUACCUGAAGUCAAGAGGAGGAGGAAAGUACCACACCUUGACGCCAUUGAUGGACGAGGAGAAGCCCUUGAUACCGGACAACGUCGAGCGAGUAUACGCUCCGUAUGGAGCAGCGUUGAGUCAGCCGGACCAUGCAGAUCUCAAGAAAUGGCUUUUCGAAGAGUACAUCCCGAAAGGUCUGUCGACAGGUGUACUCGUGCCGAACCCUGAGCAGCUUCUCAAGGGCGGUAUUUCACAAACGCAACAUGGCCUGGAUAUGCUGUAUGAGGAGCGGCUUAGUGGACGGAAGCUUGUCGUAGAUCCUUGGGAAUAA